AUGCAGGUUGCCCGAAUGACGCCGGCGGCGACGGACAGCAUCGGCAAUCGUAACGGGGGAAGGGCGACUAGCGCUGGCAGAAAAUUCAAACGGCGCUUGGUGACCCAUCCCAGCCCGGGGAACGCAACCAACAUGAACAAAGCAACGACGCCAGUGGCGAUGGCGUGGGGAUCAGGCCAGCAAACCCUCGUCGCAUCAAACAAACUGGGGGGCAACAACGAGCGGCUUAGGAUGACGAGAAAUAUGGUAGGCCAUUCCUUGUGGCCGGAGCGCCAACGGCCUCCCUCGUCUACCAAGGCGGUCCAUCAACGUCUCGAUCCUAUCCAAGCGGUUGGGGUCGCCGAAGGGACGUUCAUCCCAGUUCCGGACAGCGUGCUCUACGAGCCCUACAGUAGGCGCCCCCUGAAGGCAAUAGAUCUGAGUAUUUGGCAGGACCAACUGAGCACAUUGAUGGUCGAGGACCUUCUGCUUCGAAAUUCCUCCUUCUCCAAGCUGUCGCUACGCGGAGCAAGACGAGGGGCUGACGUGCUGGCGUUGGUUGCUCGGCACUUCGGGCGCACCGUCACAGACCUCGAUGUAUCCGACUCUAAGUUGGUUGACGUCGAAUGGCUAAAGACGUUGGGAGCAGCAACAGAGUGCCCGGCCAUCGCCAGCCUUACCGCCGCGCGUUGUAGCGGCAUCACCAACAAGGGGGUCGAGAUCUUGGCUCGAAAGAAGGGCCCGUCCCUGCUGGCUCUGCGUGUUCCGGGGUGUGAAGCUGUGUCUGACGAUGGGGUAGAGUUUGUAGCAAAGCAUUGUAGUAACCUGUGCUCGAUUGAUCUCAGCGGGUGCCCGAGGGUACGAGACAGGUCCGUAUUCGCAAUCAGCGCCCUGACCGGCCUGCAAGACAUCGCUUUGGACGGCUGCGCCGAAGUGUCUGACGAUGCGUUCCGCCAACUCUUCACCAGCGUCACACAGCUGAAAUCUCUGUCCAUCAGGGGUUGUGCAAGUGUCUCGGAGGAAGGCUUGAAGUUCAUGCACGAAAUGCCGGUGCCGUGGGGAACCCGGAAGCACCGCAACUGCGCACUUCUUCACACGCUUCGCCUUGGACACAACAGCAACAUUUCAGACGAGUUCAUGAUGAUGGUGGCAGUCGUGUGUACGCAUCUUCGGGUGCUGGAAGUGACCUCGUGUCCUCUGGUCGGAGGCGACCAGGCGAUGGGAAAGAUUGGCGGCCUGCUGGAGCUGGAAGAGGUGACUCUGGAGGUGCUGCCGCGGGUUAGUGACCAGGGGAUCAGAGAGUUCUUCUGCGACCUGCCAAGAAGAGCGCUGAAGAGAUUGAGCCUGGUCGGGUGUACUAAGGUGACAGACGUCUCCCUCAAGUGCAUAGCGAAAAGCGCGCGUGCUCUUCAUGAGCUACGCCUCGAUCGCAACGUGAGCGUCACCGACCGCGGGUUGGGGUACCUGGCGAAGGGCCUCGCCGCCAACCUGCGGCUGCUUCAGGCGACGCACCUCGGGAUGAUCAAAGAUAGCGGGGUCCGGUUGCUCUCACGAAAAUGUCUGCAGCUUACAAACAUCGAUAUCAGCUACUGCCUACGCAUCUCCCCGGCCUGUUUUCUGGGUCUCCGCAGGCUUCGUUUACUGGAGUUCCUAGGCUUAUCAAGCUGCCACGGUUUAUUCAAUAGCGGUGAUAAUAGGAGCGGUAGCGGUGGUUUGUCCAGAGAGGUGCCACGCCGUGAAAUGUACCCGAUCGCCUCGGCACUUGACGCUGCUGAAUUUUACAAGCUUCGCCGCCUGGAGUUAGCCGACCAACCAGAUCUGACAGACGCAGCCUUGCUUGCCGUGGCGAAGCGAAACUGUCGGACGCUCGCGUUUCUCAACGUAUCGCGGUGCUCCAAGAUCACAUCCGACGGGGUCACCGAAGCGAUGAAAGUCCUCACAUCCCUGAAGCGGCUGGACGUCACUGGCUGCGACCUGAUCAAGACGGGUGACGUCGACAGCUUCGCUGGGUGCGUCGCGCCGGCGCUGCUCCUUAGCCGCGCGCAUCUUGACGCCAACGGCUUUGACGGCUUGCAUUGUUGUGCUAGUGCCGAGGACGCUCGCUCACGACGGGAGGCGGGAAACGCUGUACGAAGGGAAGAGCUCGGGGCAAGGGCUAUCCAGAGGGCGGUUCGAGGGUACAGAAAGAGGGAGAAGGAGGAAAACGAGGCUUCUUGGAAACACAGUCAACUGCACGCUGCGGCGUUGACUAUUCAGUUGUGGGUCCUGCGCAAUAUGGCGCGGAAGAUCUUGGCCGCUCGCGCCAUGCGGCGCGCCCGCCUGAUGAUCUCCGUGUUCAAGUGGCGACGGCGUACCAGGGAAGCUCGGUCCUGGAACCUCGCCGCCCACCACGGCGACAGGAAACUCAAGGCCCGAACGGUCCGGGACUGGCGGGCCUCCUGCGUCGAAGACAUGGCCGACGCCAGCGACCUCGCCGAACGGGGCGAGGUUUUCUUCGAGCACAUGGUGCUGAGCACCCACCUGAGGGCCUGGACCCGAUUCGUGGCGCCUCUGCGGGCACGGCGGGUGGCGGCCGAGGGCAGGGCCGACGCAUGCUGGCGAGCGAGGACGAGGGAGUCGCUGUUCCGGCGUUGGCAAGGCAACGUCCGGCGAAUCAAGUCGCGGCAGGCGAGGUGGGUGGGCGAGGUGCUCCUGACGGUGCUGCCCGUGGAGAUGCGGAAUUCCUGGCGGCAGAGGCCGGGGGUGGAGAGUGCGGUGGUGUUCCACCGCCGCCGCACGCUACGGAAAGCGUGGUGGGCGUUCUUGAGCUUGAACGAGGAGCUGGCAAACCUGCAGCAACGAUUCAGAACAUUCGACAGGGCAAACCGGCCGCGCGUUCUCCGCCGCAACUUCGCACGACUGCGAGAGGGCGCGCACCUCCAAAAGUGGAAACGAGAUGCAAAAGCCAAGGCGGACAAGGUGGCAACUUUGUCGCGUCAGCGCCGGGCUUUUCGAGGGUUGCACCAGGGCGCGGCUUUGGCGGCCUCCUCCCGCGUCCUGCGGGCCCGUGCCGAUACCUUUGCAACUCGAACGCUGGUUGCGCAGGGCUGGAAGAGUCUCCGGGAUCACCCUGCCGAGAAGAAGAUAUUGCGAGGAUUGAUUGAACUUUGGCAGCAACGAGCGACGAGCCACCGGGACGAAGUUCUGAAACGGAAGGGGGUGCGACGUCUCGAGGACCAGCUACGGCGGCACAUGCAGAUCAAGAUAAAGACAGCCAAGGUCAUGUCCAACUUCAUGACGACCACCAUCACUACGUGCUUCAUGGCGUGGAAGCACCACCACCGCACCCUCAAGAGCGCCUCCGCGACAAACAAGGCCCAGGAAAUCAAGCUUUUGCUCGAAAGGGUGUUCACCGGCUGGAUGGAGUGCACUGUCGGAAACGACGCCGACGAAGAAACAGGAGGAGGAGACGGCGUAAGCUCUGCCGCUGCCACCGCCAGACCUUCUGAGCUGGCUGCUCAAGAGCAGCCAGCGUCGGCUGUCGAGCUGUUGCUCGUGGAUGACAUGACUGUGCAAGAAGCACAGUACGCCUCAGAACCACAACCGCAGCAACAGCAUGACCCCGAACAGCAGCCGCAGGAGCCUCUCGACUAUCCAGAACAACACAAGGGCGAUGAAUCGGAACCUCCGAUGCAACAAGAAACCGCCGAGGAAAGCGAUGAUACCGGCACAGCAGCAGUCGAACAUCCGCCAGAAUGGGACCCCGCAGCGGUGUCGAUCCAGGCGGCGUGGCGCGGUUACUCCGCCCGCAAGGCGUACGAGGAGGAGAGGGUGACGAGGCAGUGGGCGGCCGUGAAGGUGCAGUCGUUCUUCAGGGCCAGAAGGGCGAGGAGACUCUUCAACAAGCAGAUGAGGUACAAGCACAUCCGCGACAUGGUCCGAGAGGAAAAGGAGGCGGAUGAGAUGGUCGUGCACGACCGGGAGAGCCUGAAGUUGAUGAAGUACGAAAGGGCUCUCUGCACGAUAGGCCGCGUUCUCCUUGGAUAUAAGGGGCGGAAGAUCGCCAGAGAGAGGAGACGCCAACUCAGGCUGGAAGAGGCUGGCAAAAGGUUUGCAGAGAGAGAGGAAGCGCUGCGGCGGCACGAAGAAACACAGCGGAGGCUGGAGGUCCUCCGGAAAGAUGAGCAACUGGCAGCAAUCAUCAUACAGGCGGCGUAUCGAAGUAGAUUGGCGCGGAAACGUGUCGCACGUAUCAAGGAAGACAACCGCCGCACGAGAGCGGCGACUAUGAUACAACAGAUGAUCCGCUUCAGGGGUGCUAGGCACGAGGCGGCGGCGAGAAAGCGGCACUUGGGACGUACUGCCUACGUCCACCUCGGCCGGCAGCGCCAGGCCCUCUUCCUCCGACUGGUCGGCCUAAGGAACCGCCGCUCCCAGAGACCGGCCAUCCGCCUACUGCGGAAGGUUGGCGCCGAUCUGAUGGGCUUCACCACGGCCAUCCGUAUCCAGCGGAAGGAUUUAAGGAAGGGGGCGCAGCUGGCGUGGCAGGAGCUCCAGACGCACAGAGAGGCGUUCAGGACCUGCGGGCGUGACGCUUACCGACGGAGAAACUUCGUCCGGGCUCAGCAGCUAGAAGACCUGGAGCGCAAGCGCAUCCGACGAGGAGACGCCGUUCAGAUCUUGAACCGCGAACACGAGUUCUGCGGGUUCACAGGGCGUGUCCUUCACGUGGACUCUAGGGACCCCGGUCGAGAGGUUGCAGAGGUCAAAAUUGAUGACGGCACUGCUCGCGUUGUCUUCGUCCGACUGCUGAGCCACGAGGUUGGGAGCGAAGACAUCCCGGUCGUCAAUAUGCUCAAGAUCAACCGACAAGAACUCCGUCAUCACGAACCGGAGGAGCUUGCCCUGGUGAGGGACGCCCUGCUUGCCUGGGCCGACCGAGAGCGGGAGAAGUGGCGCACCCAGCUCGCCGCGGUUGCUAUUCAACGACGAAUCCGGGGGUUCAUCGCGAGGCGCAGCACCGCACGGAGAAGAUACCGUCAUUGGACCCGCGAGCGCGCUCUGCGACUGACGUUUCUCCGGGCUCUCGAUGUCAACAAUGCUGCCACCUACCAGGCCGUGCGAGCUGCGGUGAUGAUGCGGGUGAUAAGAGCGACGGACGUGCCGACGAAUAUGCCAUGGAUCCCACCGGUGCCGCCGCGACUGGAAGAGGCUUUCAAGCGCCGGAGGCGCCGGAUCAUCCUCCAGGAGGAAAUACGAACGCGCACCGCCGAGAGAAUGGCCUUGGUCGACAAGAAUCCCAGGAAGCUGCAGUGGAAAACGCCCACGUACGGGCCGCUCAUCCGGCCCUAUAACCCGUACAAAGAGGCAUGGGCCCGACUGCUAUCCAAGGUGACGCACCCGUCCGCCCUUCCUGGAAUUUUCCAUUCCAUCGCGGGAUCGUCGUACAUGGAAGCUCUCGAGAUGAAGGCCCAGGCAAGAACGGUCUUCACGGGUGGCUUCCACUUCGCCGAGCUCGAGCAAAGCCCCCACGUCCGCACGGGGGGCCGAGCGUUCUUCCACGGGUCCUGGGCCUGCCCUCCCCCCCCCCCGGACAGCGACGCCUCCUCGACGUCCUCUUCCGAAGAAGUUACCGACUCUGACCUAAGAAAUAGGCCUGAAGUUGGCAGCAGCUCCGAGGACGAUGAAGACACGGGUUGUGUCGCGGUGGGGGAAGGAGAGGAGGGGUUCGAACUGGAGGGGCGUGAAGAUGAAGGGGGCGGGGCGGAUGUUGCUGGCAAAGGGGGGAUCAAGAGCAACAAGCGGCGAAUUGCUUGGGGGUGGCCGAAAACGAUGAAGAGUAAGAAAGUGUACAGCAGUGGUGGCGAUGAGGAUGUUGGUUUGGAGAGGAAAGGUGGUGAUCGUCACGACGGUGGAACGAACAAGAACAGAGAGAGGGAGGCAAAAAAGAAGAACAAGGACAGGAGGAGGAGAAAAAAGAAGAAACAGCGAAGAACGGGGAAAGAUAAAUCACAACCGCACGGGGAAGGCUACGUCGAGUUCUUGGACGGCUGGGGAGUUUCUCAGGAGGAAAAGACGCUGUACGUAACAGUGGUGUCGGGUCAGGGCCUCGCGGGAAACGACCGGUCGAUGCUUAUUCAACACUGCGAUCCAUUCUUUCAGCUCAAGUGCAACGGAAAGACCCACCACACCUCCACCAAGCACAAUACUCGGGAACCCAGGUACAACGAAACGUUUGAGUUCGAUGUGUCCAACCCGGAGUCAGUUCUGUCCCUGGAGUGCUGGGAAGAAGACACUUUCAGCAACAUCUACAUUGGUUCGAUCAUUAUACCACUCCGAGAGCUCUCGGACGGGAAGAAGUGGCUGCCCAAGGAGACCGAGGACGACGUAAGCAUCCGCAUCCGCCUCUCCAAGGCGGCCGUCGUGCUGCAGUGCUGGGCGCGCACGAUCGUGGCCCGGAGGGAGUUCUCGGAGGCCGCCGCGGAGUUUGCGGUGAAGGCGGAGUUUGCGUUCAUCGUGACGAGGAGGAUACAGAUGUGCUUCCGCCGUCACCGCGCGAGGGAAGAGCUGAGGGUGCGCCGAAUGCACUAUCGCAACGCCUGCAUCUUGCAGAAGUUUGCUCGAAGAAAGUUGGCGUUCAUGGAAGCGGCUUGGCGGAGGCUGUGCAGGGACAAGGCCACCAUCAUUCAGUGCUUCGUCCGGCAGUACUUGUCCCAGCAAGAGCUGGCCCGCCUGCGGGAGGCAAGGCGCAUCUUGGAGAGGGACAUGGCCACGAGGAUACAAGCCAACGCGAGGGGAAAGCUGGCGCGUAUGUUCGUGGCGGCCAAGCGAGCAGCAGCUCUCGCGGAAGAGGGAAAGACAGGAGAGGAACGAUCGUCCUCGGAGGACCGCGUGCGGUCGGUUGCCGAGUGGCUACCGACAUACGGCACGGACCCGUACUACGCCUCGAGGCGCAUCAGGCGCAUCACGGAGAGGGUCUACUUCAAGAUACUAGGCAAGGCGGGGUCCACUGUUGAGACACGAUUCGGAACAGCGAGUGUUUUGCGAUACCCAGCGAGGGUUUGCCUGUCUGAGGGGGCAGUGGACAAGGGAAGUGCCCUUAGAGACGCGAAACGCACGGUAGAGGUGCAAUGGAACGCCCACGCCGACCUGCACUGGCCACGCGAAGAACGUGAAGCCGUCUUCAAAAAAGCGACAAGGCAGUACUUCAGAGUCCGGUCGUCCCUGACGAGGGUGCUGCAGACUCUCACCCGUCGACGAUUCGCGAGGCGCCGCGGGGACUACCUGGCGAAAGAAAAGCGCUGCGUCAUCGCCGUCCAGUGCGCCUAUCGCUCUCGCAAGGCUAGGCUUGCCGCUGCCUACAAGCGCGUCAUCAGGACGGUGAAAGUUAGGGACAGCUCGGGCUGUUCGGACCCUCUGUAUGAGGCGAGGAAUUGCGUGGUGCUUGAUCCGUCGGACGAGGGUACCCUGUGGUCUUCGCCCUACGGAGAGGUGAAAGACCAAUGGAUCACGUUCGACCUGGGCGGAGACUACCCCGUAGGAGCAAUACGCCUUCUGGCCAUGGCGAACACGACAGGCCCGAAACUGCUGCGGAUUGAGUGCUGCAAGACGAAGAAGCAGGUCAGGGCCGGAGAAUGGACACUCGUGGGUUCUUUUCGAGCCGAGAACACCUCAGUAUGGCAACAAUUCGAGAUUCCGAGACGGCUGGAUGCCGUGAACAUCACUCGCCGGUGGAAGGUCACGUUCGUGUCUAACUUCGGAAACACUACGGCCGUAGCCGUCAACGGCGUUCAGGUACCAGUGGUAUCGAAACGGACGGCCGCUGGAGAACGAGACGCUCCCAAAGCUGGACAUUCGCCUCCACACGCCCCCGACGAUGGAAUGUCGCCCCUUCCGAUGCAUCCACUGCAAGCACGCCGCGAGUACGAGGAAACUUUCGCCGCGCGCUCCGCUUGGGAGGGAGUCGUGACCGCCCUGGAGGCUGACGUGAGGGAGGCGGAAGUGGCCAACGAUGAGGCCAUCGCGGAUCUAGAGAAAGCUCGGCUCGAGGUGACUCUAUGCGAAGCAGAGAGCAAGGAAAAGUUUAUUGUGGCGAAGGCUGACCUAACUGCCAAGACUAUCGCGCAAAGGGAUUCGGACGAACUGCUGAAAGCCGCACGGGAGGCAGUAAAUAACAAGCACAGGGAGCUGUUGAAAGCGGCCCGCGACGAUCCCUUGAAGAUCCGGCAUGACUUCGAGGGCUUGUACGAGUGCCGGCUCUCCAACAUCAGGGGGGGCACCAUCCUGCGCACGGUCUCGUCGUACGGCAUCUACGUCUUUGCCAGGGACCCUCCGCCGCUCAGGCUUAAGGUGCAAGCCUUGUACGUCCCCAAGGAGAAACUGCGGAGAAGGUACUGGCCCAAGUACGCCUGGGCAUUUGGAUGGUUCACGCACGGCAAAAUCGGCGGGGACGUCCUGAUCAAAUUUCAUGACGGAGCCGUGUACGACGGCCCGUACGUGCUGGAGGCGUGUUUGAGCCUGAGAGGAAGCAUACCCCCGGAGGCGCGCGAGCCAGGGCAUUGGGGCACGUGGAUCACCAAGACCGGCUGGAUCUACGAGGGACCGUUGGUAGACAACCAUUUCGACAAGGACUGCGUGACGGGAGUGUACCGACUCACCUCCCCCGGUGGCGAGGUGUACGAGGGAGAUUUGUUGGACGAAAGGCGGCACGGGGUGGGGGAAUACCGUUACGCCGACGGCACCGUGUACAGCGGAGAGUGGCACAGGGGCCAACGGCAAGGCUUCGGAACGCUUAUCUCCCCGACCGGGGCCGUCUACGAGGGAGAUUUUGAUCACGAUCUAAUCCACGGGGAAGGAUUGUGGAGUUGGCCCGAUGGGUCGUCUUACGCCGGGCAGACCAAACAUGGCGUCCGUGAGGGAAAGGGGCUCUACGUCACCCGGAUGAGGGACGCCUUCUUUGGCGAUUUUGCGAACAACAAGCCAGACGGCGACAUCAUCGCUUACUACUGCGAUGGGUCCAAGCACACCGGGACAUUCCGAGAAGGGACUCGCCACGGGAGAGGCACGGCGCAGGAAGAGAACGGCAACCGUGUGAUCGGCACGUGGGACAAGGAUAAGCGGGAUGGUGUCUUCGAGCUGAGGACCCCGGUAUUCAUCUCGGAGACCCAGGCACAUGAGGACGAGAUCCGGACUGGGUUGUGGGAAGCGGGCGAAUUUGUGGAGUGGCUGUCGCCGCCGGUGUACCCUCACGCGACCAAGCAGUUCUACGAAAUGUUUGAGAACGACGACAGCCAGUACGACGGUGUCUACGCCAUGUUGGUGGCGAAGAAGCUGCCUCACCUGCCGAGAGGGGUUGACCCUACCAACCUAAGGGUCAUCGCCUGUGUCCAUCGCAUCGCGGCUGAAGCGGGCGCCCUGUGUGCGUCGGACAGCAUCGCGGACGCCAAGGAACAGGUUAAGGCCGCUGAGGCACCGCACAGUGCAGCGGUGGUCAGGCUCCAGUCCGCGCAGGCACUCGAGCGCGUGUGUGUGCAGGAACAUUUGAAAAAGAAGGAGGCGACAGAUCACUUGGAGAGCAAGCUAGAGGCGCUCGUGGCGAACCGAGACAAGCUGGAGGCCGAGGUAGAGCAGUUCUACACAGACGACCCCGGCCGGACGAGAGAGCUCUUCCACGAGGCCGUCGAGCGGCUCAAGACCAUAGAGGGCUCUGAGUGGUUCAUGGUCCGCAACUACGACAAGCCGCCGCCGGUGCUCGCCACGCUCAUGUCGGCCGUUUGCACCCUGGUGCUUGUGCGGGACAGCUGGAAGAGCGCCAGGAACAUGGUGGGGUCCUCCGUACAGAACAUGGAGGAAGGAGACGAGGAAGCGCUGGCGGUCAAGUACGAUUGCAAGCUGGUCUACCGCCUCGAGAACGAGUUCAGCCCCUACACCCGUUGCGACGCCCAGGACGUGAUGCUCAAGCUGGCGCAGUUCGUCGUGGACCCCCGCUUCCAGGGCGGAAGCCUCUUCCUCAAGCUCUACGGAGACGCCCUCGGCCCCGUCGCGGACCUCGUCAAAACGGCCUACAACUACAUCAUCAAGGCCGCGGAAAUCAAGCCAAGAAAGAUGGCCAUCGCUGGCGUGGAAGGGAACAUCACCUACACGAGCACUUGUCUGGAGCGAGAAAGGCAGGAACAGGAGGAGCUACACAAGCAGGCUCAAGACAAAGUGGCAAAGAGGGAACUGGCAGAAGCUGCCGCGGAGAAGGCCCGCCUGAAGAUUGAACAGGCCAGGGCUCUGCUAGAGGAAGCGAAAGCUCUCGUCACGGUUUACGUGGCGCCGAGAGACGAGCUUGACCCAUACGAGCGGCUGGAGAUGGAGCUGAAUCCUGAGUUGACCAAGGUAGAGGUCGUGCUGGAGCUGCUGGGCUUGCAAGUGGUCGAGCGGCUAAAGAGAGAAGCCCCCACGGAGGUUGCGGCGUUCAAGGUGGAGGACUACAUUUCCGCCCAAACGGAACAGCAGAUUCUUACAUUCAUUGCGGAGGGGGGCGUAUACGCCUUCGCAGCCGGUGCCGUUAAGUGUCUGGACGACGCCAAGGUCGCAAGUGCCAAGUCGGAGAUAACUGGCAAGUGCAAGCGCAGCAUCAACGCCUGUCUGCACGACAAGCCACCGAAUAAGGGCGAGUGGAAAUCUCUCCAAGGGGCAAGAGUGAACCAGUCACACCUCGAGACGAUGCUGGAGGAGAAAUGGGCAGAUUUCCUGCGUGCCGAAGCUGUGAAGGAAGCGGUCACCAAUUGGACGGAAGCAUUUCCAGAAGAGGGCGAGGCGGCGUACCAAGCGCUACUGUCCGUGUCCAACAAGGCGCUGUCGGAACUGCGGAAGGCGGAGGCGCAGCUGUGGUUGGACAACAACGAGGAUCAGUCCGCCGACAUGCAGUGGACGCUGGCCAGGCAAUUCGAGGAGGAAUGGCCAGAAAACACAGCGGAGGGAUGCGUACAGGUGCUCGACACCGCCACCUAUGGGCCGGAUGUUCGGCUCCAGGCUUCUUCUUGGGAAAGGCUAAACCUCGACGCGGUAAGGCAAUAUCGUGCUGACACUCUGGAGCGGCUCGCGAACGACUUUGCGGUCAUGUGGGAAUCAGAGGAGCAGGCGGCUCGCGAAGUGAUCGCCAUCCGAGAGAGGCAGGACGAAUUCCAGGGACCAUACGCCGAGGCCUGGGCAUCUUUCCACCUGGGGGCGAUGGUGGCUGCGGAGGGGGAGGCAGCCAAGUCGAGAUCUGAAGCCUUUGAAGACAUGAUAUAG